UCCUCAACACAGCAAAGCAGUUGCAUGUCUUAGGGCUUGAGGAAGGAGACAGACUUGUCGAUUCUCCAAGUAAAUCCGAGGGCAGUUCAAGCACGUCGGGAAGCGAGGCGGGAGACGAGCCCAACACCACGUCCUUCAUCAACGGAAAUAAUAAUAAUGAAAACGAGGACGAGGAGGCGGAGGCUGAGGACGAGGAAGAGGAAGACGAUGAGGAGAUGGGAGAGACCAUUGAUGUCAUAAAGCACGAACUGAGCGUCAAGGAAGAGCCCUGUGAAAAUAGUGACGUGACGGCAGACGUGACUCCCGAUGGAAGAAUUGACCUGAAUUUCUACCUUCAGCAAGCCAUUCAGAGCGCAUCCAUGCCCUGCCCUCUUUGUAAAAAGGAAUUCAAAAGCCAGUCGGGCCUGAGAGACCACAUCCGGUUACACACAGGAGAAAGGCCUUUUGAGUGUGAAUUCUGCCAGAUGAACUUUGCCCGUGCAUCCCACCUCAAGCGACACAGACGCAUGCACACAGGUGAAAAGCCCUUCAUGUGUCGGAUCUGCGGAAAGGACUUCUCUCGAGGGGACAAGCUCAAGGACCACUUACGACGACACGAGGCAGAGGACAAGCUCAACAAAAUCAGAAAGCAGAUCUAUCACCCUGAGGAUGGCACCGCUGAGCCUGAGACAGAAGGCAGUGUGGCAACCGUUAAUGCCUCCCCGCAGGUUCUGACCCCAAAGUCAAACAACACGCCCCCAGACUCUGCGCCAAUGCCUCCUGCCAAGAGGCCACGCGGUCGGCCUCCCAAAAAUUCUCAAGCACAUGCUCAGUACCAGCAAGCGAUGAGUCAGGUCCCCUCCAUGCUUGUGCCCCAGAGUGAAAGCUAUAUGCCACACAUGCUUGGUGUCACAAGCAUUGGGGAGUGUAUACUUCGACCCAUAAACUGAUGACGGUAUUCCAGGAAGUGUCAAAGGUCAUAGGGACGGAGGAAUGGUCUCAUGAGACUGCGGAAACAGAGAUGAAAUGAUACAGAAGAAGAACAGCAUACAUACAGCUUUGCUUCUAUACAGCUAGACUGGGUUGUGGAGAGACUUUUGCAAGGGAAGAGUUAAGGAUUACAAUUAUGGUCUGAAAUUUUUGGGUUAAUGGGAAAACUUACUUAAGGCAGAUACUCAAAAGAUAUGUAUAUUUUUGUGGUUAUAUGUACUUUGUUUGUUAUUUUUUUAUUUAUUUAUAUUUUUCUAAAAAUGUGUUCUUUCUUUUUGUUAAUAGUGGAAGUUACAGUCGUUUAUCAUUCUCAGAAUGGAGGCAAAGGAGAGACUUUAUUGUUAGAUGGCACAGAUUAGCAUUGGUUAAUUUAGUAUUAUUAUACACAUAAAAGUGUUUGGCUUUUGUAAGAUUCUCCUUUCACUUACUUAGUGCUGUAUUAUAGGAUUUAUUUUAUUUAACUUACAAAUGUUACCAAGCGAUGUAGAUAGGUUGCAAGACUGCUAUCUCACAAUUUAUUUUAUACCAUAUUGUCAUAAAUACUUCAGCUUUUCAAGUUGUGUCUUCAGAUCGGAAGGGGAAGUCAGUGCUAUGACUGGGCUCAGUUCUCUCAUGGUCUGAAUUAUGUUCCAGUCUUUAUUCCCAAAGAAAAGAGAGUUUGGAUGGAUUGAGAUGCAUUGUAGGGUUAUGUGCCGACCAUUUCCUUAACAUCUGAUCUAAUCUGUGUCAUAUCUUUUUGUAUUAUUAUUAUUAUUGUGAACACUGUAACCCAGUCAAUUUUUCUGCUCUUCCACAUCCUAUAUCCAGAGACUACUUGUCUUUCACAGCUCUUACCAUUUUGAACCCAGGAAAUGUGACGUGUCGUUUGCUGAAGGAUUAUCAGAUGCACCUUUUGUGUUGUGACUAACACAGAUAUUACUUUUAUUAGUUGUGCACUGCAAGGUUUGCCAGAGUACUUCAUUGCAGUUCUUGGGUUAACUAAAACGUUAAAUGUGUCUUGUUGGUAGAGCUACCGAUAAGGUCUUGACUACAAUCAUGAACUUGACUACAUGUUCUCAAAAAGGCCCCAUCGUAUCAUGAAUUUAAAAGGGUAGCCUUUUUUUAUUCAGCAAGUUCUAACCGUCGGAUAUUCAAGUCUGUUUUCUUUGUUAAUCAGACACGGAUAAUCUUGUCAGUUAUCUAUGUUUUUUUUUUUUUUUUUCUAUGCAUAAUGUAAAACCAGUUUGAGUACGAGCACACUCAUCCCAAGUUGGACUCGUGAGAGUGCGGAACGGAGAUGAAAACCUGACAAUGA